GAGUUUACUUGUUUUCAGGCACAAUUCCACCUCCACCCAGCCUUCCAUUUCCGUCCGGAACAUUUUCCUUUGUAAUUUGAUAGUCGACCGUAAUUCGUGUAAUAAACUCACUUUUUAGAGAAGCCCAAAAGGUUUUCGUGCAAUUAAGCACAGUAGCCUUGAGGUGCCACAUCACAGAAUAUGGAAUUUAUACGGAUGAACAUGAAGACUAUUGUUUUUCUGAAUGCACUGGCAACAGUUGUUUGGGGUGCCCCUUCGCUCUGCGACCCCGAAGACGAAUUUCUAGGUAUCUUUUGCAAAGAACCAGAACCAGAACAACCCAAGUGCAUGGACAUCAUGAUGAACUACUGCAACGACAUGUCCUACACCCACACCGUGUUCCCCAACAUUCUGGGCCACAGAACCCGCGAGGAGGCCGAGGUGGGCCCCGAGUACCUCCUCGUCAGUGUGGUCCACAACUUGCUCAAUGGAGAGUGCACCCCGGACAUCCGCAUGCUAGGCUGUUCAGUGCUGGUGCCUCGCUGCGAGAAGGAGAAGGUGCUGAAGCCGUGCAGGAGUACGUGCGAGGCUGUGAGGAAGAACUGUUACCAUGCCUUCGAGGGCAUCGAGAUGGCCUGGCCAUACUUCCUGGACUGUGACCGCUUCUUUGUCAGUGACCAGGAGGGCUGUUACGACCCACUGGAGGGCUUACGAGCGAAACAGGAAGAAGGUAAUACCCCUGAGAAGCCUCAUACUGUCAUCCAGUUUAGCUAUCAGUCUAACGCCCAGAUGAACAGCAUCCUGAAGAAGACUGCGGCACGAUGCCCUGAAAUCGCCAUGACCUACAGCAUUGGCCGCAGUGUGGAGGGCAAAGACCUGCUAGUGAUAGAGUUCUCAAACAACCCUGGAGUACAUGAAUUGCUUGAACCAGAGAUGAAGUACAUAGGAAACAUGCAUGGGAAUGAGGUGCUGGGUCGCCAGCUGUUGAUCUACCUGGCCCAGUACCUGUGUUCAGAGUACCUGCUGGGGAACCGGCGCAUCCAGACCCUGAUCAACACCACGCGUAUCCACAUCCUGCCCUCCAUGAACCCAGACGGUUACGAGCUAGCUGCCGCCGAGGUCCAUGACACCAUCGACCCUGAGAACGAGGAGGCUCAGAACUACAACAGCUGGACCCUGGGUCGAGGCAACGCCCAGAACAUUGACCUGAACAGGAACUUCCCUGACCUGACUACGAUCGUUUACAGCCGGCGCAGACACAGACGUUUCCGUAGCAACCACAUCCCAAUCCCAGACGCUUACUGGUUUGGUAAGGUAGCUCCAGAGACAUACGCAGUCAUGAAGUGGAUCAGAUCCUUUCCCUUUGUGCUCUCAGCUAACUUCCACGGAGGGGAGUUGUUGGUGUCCUACCCCUACGACCUCUCCAAACACCCACUAGAGCAGAAGAUGUUCUCCCCCACGCCAGAUGAACAGGUAUUCAAGCAGAUAGCGAGAACAUAUGCAGAUGCCCAUGCCACCAUGUCAGAAGGAAACUCUGGAAGGUGUGAGAACUUUGGCAGCAUCGGCCAGGACGGCAUCAUAAAUGGAGCAAGGUGGUACAGCUUUGCCGGUGGUAUGCAGGACUUCAACUACCUCCACACUAACUGUUUUGAGGUGACGGUGGAGUUGGGCUGUGAUAAGUUCCCAGCUGAGGAGGAGUUAUACACUGGCUGGAAGGACAACAAAGAGGCUCUGCUCACAUUCAUGGAGUCGGUCCACCGUGGAAUAAAGGGAAUAGUAAAGGAUGCGGACGGGAAUGGAAUCAAAGGGGCAAGGAUAUCUGUCAGAGGAAUAAGGCAUGACAUCACCACAGCUGAAAACGGAGACUACUGGCGCUUGCUAACCGCCGGCAUCCACAUCCUGACUGCGUCUGCACCAGGCUACACCAGAGCCAUGAAAAAGAUCCACCUCCCGGCACGCAUGCAGAAAGCAGGCCGGGUGGACUUUGUCCUGCAGAAGGCUGUGGUGGAGCCUGAUAUGGAGGAGGACUAUAGAAUCCCGUCCAUGGGGACCUAUGAGGACUUCGACCCCUACAACCAGUUUGAGCGGUACACCAUUAGCGAGCAGAACCAGAACAGAGAGGAGGGGCAGGAGAAACCGUGGUGGUGGAGCUAUUUUAGCCACGCCCAUGGCUCCGCCCCCACCUGGCUUCUCAGAAACUAGCUCCUCCCCUGAAUAUACAUAGAAUCCUCUAUGGCUCCCACUAUAGCCUCCUCUCUCAGCUCUGGUCCCCGAUUACUAUCAAGGGUUGCACAUACCUCCUACAGGUCAAUACUAGCACACCUAAUUCAAUGAAUCAAGGGCUUGAUGAUUAGUUCAAUCAUGUUUGCUUAUAUAAGGGUGGAACAAAAAUGUGCAACCCUGGGGGUACUCCAGGACACUGCCCUACAUGAUCAAAGACUGGUUGCUAUUUAAGUUGAAUAUGAUUUACAUAAUGCUAUCAUACAAGUGUCACAUUUUAGCAUUACCGUUAUUAUCCAUUGCUGCAAACCUGUCGUAACUGAAGCAAAAUAUCAAAUAGCUAGUUGUUCAUGUAAAGUGUUUUCCCCUAAAGCUAGCCUCCAUUUUACAAGCUUUUGCUCUGUUAAACUGCUUCACUUUAUGACCAUAAUGCAACACAGGAAGGUUGAAAGGCAUAAAGGAUUUGUCUCUCCACCCGCACAUAUUUGUACGUGUUUAUAAUAAAACAUUAUUAAGAACA